CAAGUUUAAAAUAUUUCUAAGGAGGAGCAGCCUGGUUCUGGAAAAAAAGAAAACCGAAAGCUAUUUGUUGUUUGGGUUUUUUAUUUUUAAUUUUUGUUGAUCUCUUAAUACAAAACCGUCAAAUCAAAUCAAAAACAAGAAGAAGAGAAGAUGAUUCAGUUUGUACUUCUUAUUAGUCGACAAGGAAAAGUAAGAUUGACAAAAUGGUAUUCACCUUAUUCACAAAAGGAAAGAACUAAGGUUAUUCGCGAGCUCAGUGGAGUAAUUCUAACUCGAGGGCCUAAGCUCUGUAAUUUUGUUGAAUGGAGAGGAUACAAAGUUGUUUAUAAAAGGUAUGCUAGUCUCUACUUCUGCAUGUGCAUCGAUCAGGAUGAUAAUGAAUUAGAAGUCCUUGAAAUUAUCCAUCAUUUUGUUGAGAUUUUGGACCGAUACUUUGGCAGUGUCUGUGAGUUGGAUUUGAUCUUCAACUUCCAUAAGGCCUACUAUAUAUUGGAUGAGCUGUUGAUUGCUGGUGAACUCCAAGAAUCAAGCAAGAAAACUGUUGCCAGGCUAAUAGCUGCACAGGAUUCAUUGGUGGAGACUGCAAAAGAGCAGGCCAGUUCAAUAAGUAAUAUUAUUGCCCAGGCCACCAAGUAAGAUAAGAAGUGAUAUUACAUUUUAUAUUGGUUAACAUUGAAGUGCUGUGCUCCCAACUGUUGAUCCUUAUUACAAUUUUUCUUCUCAUUAUGUGAAAUAUGUGAUAUGCUUGUAUUUUCAAGGAUUAUACACUUGAUAGCUUUUGUGAUUCAUCUGCAAAUGUAUGUCAAAUGUGGUUCAUAUGUUUUAUGAUCAGAACAUUUGUUAAGCUAAACUGAUUGUUUAUCUAAGAUGCUAUGUAAGUUCUUUGGCAGUAAUUGUAUUUAAUUUGCUGGAACAA